AUGCUCAACUACUCCAGCAUCUACAGCAACUUCGGCGUGGAAGACAGCGCCGAUGAUGACUCCAUCGCUCCCUUGGGCGAGGUCGAGCAUGCUGCGUUCUUGCUGUACUGGCUAUGCAAGUUCAUGUUUUGCACCCAGGCGAACAAAGUCACCUUGGAGUUCGUCCACCUGGCUGACUAUCUCGUGCAGGCCGGAAGGCUGGCGCUCGGCCCAUUCCUCCUUGGUUAUAUCUGCCGUAUGCUUCACGACGUCGUCACGGAUGGGAUGAAGCCGAAGCACGGUGGUCCACUAUAG